AUGGGGAAAAAAAGGGACUUGAUCCAGAAAAUCAAUUAUGAGGCAAUUUGGCAUAAUUCACCUGAAUUAAUAUUGUAUGGUGAAUUGAACAAGAAGAGUGAUGUAUGGAUGGUGGGAAUGAAUUUGUUGUGUGGAUUCAUAUGGUAUGAAGAUGAAGACGUGAAUGACAAAUUUUUUGAUCACGCAAAAUGGUAUUAUGGUGAGGGUAUUGAUGAUUCUGUGAAAUAUAACUAUGGUGUACCAUUUCCAUACACAGUUCCUGAUGGAACAGAUCAACAAUUGAAGAAUUUUUUGGACAAUUCCAUGCAGGUAAAUCCUAGAAACAGAUGGUCGAUAUCUAAGUUACUAAAACAUCCAUUCAUAACCAAUAAUAACGAUUAA